GACAGGUGGCGCCGACGCCCGUCGCCUGCGCGCUUCGCCGCUCCGCCUCCGCCAGUAACGCCCGGCUUCGGCAUGAAACUUUAAUUACGUGUUUGUUUAGCAAAUAGCCGUGCAGCUCUCGGCUUCUCUACGAUAUGCAAAAUAUAAUUGCAAACAGUUGAUCAAGUGUAGUUGUACCGAAUUGGAUUUAACUCCAAAUACUGAAAAUGGCUGUUCUACAUGUUUUUGGGAUUUAAAAAUACCGCCACUUCUUGUAAUUCUACUAGGGUAGGGUGAGGGCGUGCUGAGCGUGAGCGGCGGCGGGCAUGGCGCGUCGAUGACGCGGGCCGCAGCGCGCGGCAUGCCCUGCUGACAUGGCGCCUAGCCGCUCGGCCCUCCUUACGUUGGCAGCUCUCGCAGCACUCGCAGGGUGUUGUGUAUGCGCGCCGCAAGGCAGUGUGCAGGGCGGCGUGCAGGGGGGUGCGCAGGUGCCGCCGGGGGUGCCGCACUCCACCGCACCGCCGCCGCCCGCCGGCAUCGGCGGCGUCCGCAAAUUCAGUCAGUAUUCCAGAGGGCGUGGGUAUCGCGACUGGCGGACCCGCGGCGACCCCACGCUCAUCAAUUCGCUGUGGCGCAGCCGACAACCGCUCGGGAUACGGAAACAGCUCGGCAACGCGGAGGUUUAUAUAGUGCUGGCGCUGUUGAUCGGGUUCGUGACGGUGGUGGUAGGAUGCUGGCUGUCGGACAACUGCUGGUCGCCGGAGCCGGAGGACGCGCUAGCCGGCUGA